AUGACAUCCAACAUUUCUUUCUUUCUCUGCCUGCUGCUGGUGUCGCGUGGUUGGACUGCAGUCAUCACCGGGGCAUGUGAGAAGGACUCUCAGUGUGGAGGUGGCAUGUGUUGUGCAGUCAGUCUGUGGAUCCGCAGUCUCCGAAUGUGCAUCCCAAUGGGUCAGGAGGGAGAAGACUGUCAUCCAAUGAGCCAUAAGGUGCCCUUCUUUGGCAAGAGACUACAUCACACGUGCCCCUGUUUACCCAACUUGGCAUGCAUCACUACAGCUGAUGGCAAGUCCAAAUGCCUCCCGCCAUUUCCAUUCCAGGAUCAAUACCUCUGA